GUGGCCGUCUGGGGCUGGAGCUGUGGACAGCGGCAUGGCCGACCCAGGCCCAGAGCCGGGACGCGCUUGGCGAGUGCUCGCCCUGUGCGGUGCUGCCGUGUUCCUGGCGGCGGCUGCAGCCGGGGCAGCCCUGCUGGCAUGGAAUCUGGCCGCCGCGGCCUCCAGGGGGUCUCGCUGCCCAGAGUUGGAGCCAGGGGUUAACACCACAGUGCCCCCCAGGGACCCAGCGCCAGAGGUCCAGGAGCUGCAGCGAAAGCUGGCUGAGGCUGCCGAACGAGAGAAGGCUCUGGCCAGGCAGCUGGAACAGGCGGAGGGUGUCCAUCGGGAGCUGCAGGAAGCUUUAAGGUCCUGCGAGGGCCGCCAGAGCCAGCUUCAGACCCAACUGAUGAUACUGAAGAUUGAGAUGGACGAGGCCAAGGCACAGGGGACUCAGAUGGGGGCCGAGAACGGGGCGCUGACAGAAGCCCUGGCACGCUGGGAGGCGAUGGCCACUGAGUCAACGCGGCUGCUGGAAGAGGAGCAACGGCGCGCGCGCGCAGCCGAGGCCGAGGGCGGAGCCUGCGCGGCCCGGGAGGCGGUGCUGCUCGAGCGCGUCAAAGCCCUGGAAGCCGAGAUGGACCCCCAACGCCGAGUUCAGCAUCCCCGGGCCCGCUCUGGGUCCCGACCCCGGCCCAGCGCCCGCUCUCGCUCUCGCUCUCGCCCCAGACUCUCUGGGGGCUGCCGGCGCACCCGAGGAUGA